GCAGCCGACCUCUUCACAAAAUCACUUCAGAUUUCGGUAUUCAGAAAACAUGUCCAUAACAUUGGAAUGCGUCAUCAGAAGGAUCUAUGACUGCUCAUUCGAGUGGGAGCUUACGUAGUUGUACUCUUUUUACUUUACUAUGAUUUUAUCCAUUGGGUUUUCCUAGAAAGGUUUUUAACGAGGCAACAAAGGCGUUAAGCAAGAAACGAUAGUGACUCUGGUCUCCAAAGGGAAGUUUUAUAAACGUGAAAAAAACAACGUCAAAAUAAUAUGCACCGAAACUUGACAUUUUGCAUUAUUAUUUACUAUGUAGAGCCCACAGUCACUAUGCACGCACAGUAAUUUUUCUUUUUCAUUUCUAUAUAUACGAUCAUUUCGAUCAAUUGUAAUACAUCAUCCCUUCUUCUUUUUAUAACACAUUUUUUUCGAUAUUCAUCUUAUAUAAAUGUUAUUUCCUUUAUGCGAGUAUAAAAUUUCACUUUUAUUUAAAUUUUUUAAUAUUAUAAAUUAUAAGUUAUUUCAUAACAAAUCUAUAGUUUCUACCCUAUUUACUGUAAAUAUUAUUGAAUUAUAAUAUUUAUGAUAGUUCAAAGCUAAUAUUACAUGUUAUCAUCGGAGCCAAUAAAGAUGAGAGGUUGAUUAUAGUAUGCCGCUGCUGCACAUGUUAUCAGUUAACAUUUUAAAAUAGACAAUAGAGAACAAACCCACCGGUUCUGCGCGAUCCUCCACGUAUCUAAACCUCUUCCACUCAUCCUCCACGUGUCCAUUUCUUUCCCUCUUUUAUCUUCCCUCGACACUCGAAACUGUUCACUUGCCACAAUUUCCCGAGCAAAAGAAAACCAAAACGAAUCAUCUCUUCUCAGAAAGAGCCUUACACAAACCCCGAAACCAUGUCUGGAGGUGUCGGUCCGACUUAUAACGACAUAGCCUUGCCAAAAGACGAACACCAUCACGCUGUCGGAAAAACCACCGGAUUCUUUUCGUUCCGGCAACUAAACGUCCUUGCAAUAAUCCUCGUCCUCUCCGCAAGCGGUCUCGUCACAAUAAUAGAUUUUCUAUUCGCACUCCUCACCUUCAUCUACUUCUUCUUCAUCGCCAAAGUAGUCUUCCCUCCACACGAGAAUCCGAACCGAGACGCGCCUCUCACAAGCUCCACCAACAAGUUUUUCCGUUUCUAUGUAGCUUGCGCGGGGAUCGUGGGGCUCUUACUUCCCAUCUGCUACAUCUUCGAAGGACUCCUCGAGGACGAUAAACGCGGUGUGAGCGCAGCUGCUCCGCACGUGUUCCUUCUGGCGAGUCAGGUUUUCAUGGAGGGAUUAGCGGCCACGUUUGGCUUCUCUUCUCCGGCUCGGAUCCUCGUACCCAUCGUUUACAACGCUAGGAGGGUCCUUACUCUCGUGGAGUGGAUUAUGGACGAGUUCUCAAGGGAAUCUCCAGCGUCUGGCACGGGGGUGGGGACGGUUUCUGAGCGGCGGAUGCUUGCCGGGAAAGUUUUGUCGGCGGUGAACUUAGGGGUUUGGUCGUUUAAUCUCUUUGGUGUUCUGAUCCCGGUUUAUCUACCCAGAGCUUUUAAGAGGUAUUACGGUUCCAGCAAGGAGAAUUGAGUCUGGUUGAAGAUCAAUCCCAGCUUUUGUUGUUUAACUAGUUCGGUUUGGUCGUAGGAUUAACCGUGAUCUAAAAGUGAAUUCAAGGGUUUUGUUGUUCAAUCUCUUUGGUUAUCUGAUACCGGUUUAUCUCCUGGUAGCUUUAGAAUAAUGUAUUAGCCGGUUUAAUCACCCAGCUUUUGUUAUCUUUCUUCUUUUACAAUCUUUUAUUUAUGAAUUCAGCAGUUUCAGUUGAUU